AUGAAACAACUUUUCAGUGGAUCUUAUAAUGGAUCAGUGCGCAAUCACACAGCCUUGGAGCCCGUGGUUUUCUUCCUGACUGGAAUACCUGGCCUGGAACAUGUUCAGCACUGGAUCUCCAUCCCUUUCUGCUCUAUGUUUGUCAUCUCCCUCCUGGGUAACUGCAGCCUUCUCUAUGUGAUCAAGACAGACACGAGUCUCCAUCAGCCCAUGUUCUUCUUCCUCUCCAUGCUGGCCUCCAUUGAUGUGGUCUUGUCCCUCACCACCAUGCCGAAAACCCUGGGCAUCUUCUGGUUCAACGCUGGAGAGAUUGGGUUGGUUGGUUGCCUGGUACAGAUGUUCUUCCUCCACACAUUUUCCAUCAUGGAGUCUGCAGUGCUCUUGGCCAUGUCCUUUGACCGCUAUGUGGCAAUUUGCCACCCUCUGAGGUACCACAGUAUCCUGACCCAUUCGCUGGUAGCCAAAACUGGGCUGGUGGCUUUGAUGAGGGCAGUUGCCCUGAUGCUCCCCUUGCCCCUCCUGCUGCAGAGACUGUCCUAUUGCCACUCACUGACCAUUGCCCACUGCUACUGCGAGCACAUGGCAGUGGUGAGGCUG